AAUUCAUUUUACAAUUGUUCGUCAACAUAAAUUGUUGUAAAAAAUUCUAACAAAAACGAAUUAUUUAUUGAAUAAAACGCCGAAUAAAACUAACCAUUUGGCAAUUAAAUUAUUUGUAAACCUUUUCCAAAUCAAUUAAAAAAAACAAUGGACGCUACUAAGGAUCAGGGCUUGGUUAUCAAAAUGGCACAAAAGAACAAGGAAACCCAAACAGUUAAACUGGGUGGUGGCAAUUGGUUUGCAUCGGGUCCACAUGGUGCAGUACCUGGUUAUACUCGGAUGCCGGCAUUUUGUCGCAUCUCCUGGCAGUUCUAUAAGGAUCGUGAGGAAGAGCUUUAUCGACGCGCCUGCCAACUAAAGGGAAUACGUGUGCAGCGCGAGGAGGAGGAUGACUCAAUUGGUUCAGAGGAGGAGCCAAUUAGGGCACAUUAUCGUUAUACCUUAGACGAAAUGAAAAGCUAUAAUCCUUAUCGUUUUAUCAAUUUAAAAAUGUAAACAAACGCAAACUAUUUCUUAGGCAACAGCAAAAACAACACGCACAGGUACACAUACAUACAAAGAAUGAUUCAGACACAGAUACAAAUACAGAUACAGAUACAUUCACAGAUACACAGAAACAAGACCCGCACACCAAGUUGACGAAUCUGUUGUGUGUAGUCCCUAGAGACUCUGUGAUUUUUACACUUUUUACUGCUUUCACGUUUUCCAGACAUACUGAUACAGACAAUUGCUUCUACAAUUUCAUGUUCAAAACAAUUAAUGAUUGUUCAUAAAUGGUUAUUUUAUUUACCAA